AUGAUGGGACGUCGCGGCAAACCGGCAGAGACACACUUCGAUAAUGGUACCAACCUAGUUGGAAUGAACACUGAACUACGAAAUGCACUUCUAGAGAUUGACUAUGACCAUAUGGCAUACGAGAUGCUAAAUCGGGUUAUAAAGUGGCGAUUUAUACCACCAUCCACGCCCCAUAUGGGAGGAAGUUGGGAAAGGCUUGUAAGGAGUAUCAAAACGGCACUGGCGGCAACUCUAAGGAAGAGAACACCUCGAGAGGAAGUGUUAAUGACGCUUCUUGUAGAAGCGGAAGAUGUAAUCAAUAGCCGACUACUUACCCAAGUGUCGGUGGAUCAUAGGGAUGCAGAAGCGCUAACGCCAAAUCACUUCCUCAUCGGAUCGUCAUCGGGAGUAUCUUCGCCAGGUCAAUUCACAGACGGAGACUUGUGUUCGCGUAAGGGCUGGAGAAAAUCACAACGUUUAGCCGAUAUGUUCUGGUCAAGGUGGGUGAAGGAAUACCUCCCAACGCUAGUCGUAAGAAAAUGCUGGACACAGGAAAAAGACCCCUAUAGAAAGGAGACGUGGUACUUGUUGCCGAUUCAACUCUUCCUCGUAACACAUGGCCGAGGGGAAUAA